AUGAGCAUAGAGGAAGAGCAAACUUUAGAUGCUCUUUUUGCCAGUUUGAAAGAGGUAUCGAACAAAAAAUUAACACCAGCAAAUGAACUAGAAAAAAAUCAUGAUUCUGAUGUUUUACGUUUAGAUGAUAGUAAAGAUACUGAAAAGAUAUUUAGAAAUAUCGAACUAGAUUUGAAAAAAUUACCAAAAUUAAACAAUGAUUUUGAUCAAUUGGGCUCCAAAAAAGCUAAUUCCAAUGAUAAAAAACCUCUUCCGACACUGUCUACAACUUUAUUAGAUGAAACAAAAACGACACAAAAACAAAACUUUAAAUCUGAGGCAAAAGACUGGUUCCUUCUACCUAAACCAAGUGAUCAUAUGAAAAAACAGUUACAAAGAGACUUACUAUUAAUCAAACAUCGUGCUGCACUAGAUCCUAAGAGACAUUAUAAAAAAGACAAAUGGCAAGUACCUGAUAGAUUCUCAAUAGGUACAAUUAUGGAAGAUAAGACUGAAUUUUUCUCGAGUAGAUUGACCAAGAAACAAAGAAAAUCCACUAUUUUGGAAUCUCUUAUGGCGGAUAAAGACACAGAUAAAUAUUUCAAAAGAAAAUAUUCUGAAAUUCAAGUACAAAAGACUAGUGGGAAGAAGAGUCAUUAUAAAAAGACCAAAGAUAUGAGAAGAAAAUUUUAA